AGAGGUGGAGGCCAGGCGUGCCUGAGGCCUUGGCAAUAAACAGCCAGCGCACACUCGCAGCCUCGGUCUCUGUGCGGACCCCUCCACCCCUUUCCUCCACGGGGCCUAUGGGGCUGCGGGGAGGAAGGGGCGCGCCCAUCGUCGACCCCUACGGGGCGCGCAGUGGGUGAUUGCGGCACUGCCUCACGUUCCCGCCCGAGGGAUCCGGGGCGGGACAGCGGGCGGGAAAAGGAGCCUGCGCCGCACUUUCCCGCCCGAAAGACCCGCCCCGCGGUGGGCCCCAGUCCCCGCCCGGCCCGCGGCGCUGCCCGCCCCUCCUCGCCGCCGCAGAGCUGGACCGCAGUUGUGCCCCGCCGACCAUGCGCCGCCUCCCGCGGGCCCUGCUGCUGCAACUGCGCCUCGCCCUGCUGGUGGCCGCGGGGGCCCCGGAGGUGCUGGUCAGCGCGCCGCGGAGCCUGGUGUGGGGGCCCGGGCUGCAGGCGGCCGUCGUCCUGCCGGUCCGCUAUUUCUACCUGCAGGCGGUCAACUCGGAGGGCCAGAACCUCACUCGCUCUCCCCCAGGUCAAACAUCAUUCAAAGUAGUAGUCAAAUCUCUUUCACCUAAAGAAUUGGUCCGGAUACAUGUCCCUAAGCCUUUGGACAGGAAUGAUGGAACAUUUUUGAUGAGAUAUAGGAUGUAUGAAACUGUCGAUGAAGGGCUGAAGAUAGAGGUCCUUUAUGGUAAUGAACAUGUGGCUCAGUCUCCCUAUAUUUUGAAAGGACCAGUGUACCACGAGUACUGUGAGUGUCCGGAAGAUUCUCAGGUCUGGCAGAAAACUCUUUCUUGUCCAACCAAGGAACCACAGAUCGCAAAAGAUUUUGCUUCCUUUCCCAGCAUCAAUCUCCAGCAAAUGCUAAACGAAGUCCCCAAAAGGUUUGGGGACGAGAGAGGAGCCAUUGUUCAUUACACGAUUCUCAAUAACCAUAUUUACCGGAGAUCUUUAGGGAAAUAUACAGACUUCAAGAUGUUCUCUGAUGAGAUUUUGUUAUCAUUGACAAGAAAGGUCCUUCUCCCAGAUUUAGAAUUUUAUGUUAAUCUUGGAGAUUGGCCCUUGGAGCAUCGAAAAGUCAAUGGGACCCCCAGCCCUAUACCUAUCAUUUCAUGGUGUGGCUCUCUGGAUUCAAGAGAUGUUGUCCUUCCAACGUAUGACAUCACCCAUUCCAUGCUUGAAGCCAUGCGGGGUGUUACAAAUGAUCUCCUCUCUAUUCAGGGAAAUACAGGGCCUUCCUGGAUCAAUAAAACAGAGAGAGCUUUCUUCAGAGGUAGAGACAGCCGAGAGGAGAGGCUCCAGUUGGUACAGCUGUCCAAAGAAAAUCCUCAGCUACUAGAUGCAGGAAUUACAGGAUAUUUCUUUUUCCAAGAGAAAGAAAAGGAGCUUGGAAAAGCCAAGUUGAUGGGUUUCUUUGAUUUCUUUAAGGAAAAUGAUGAAGAAGCCAAGAAGAUUGCAAAAGAAGGACAGUUGAUGGCUAGGGACCUACUACAGCCACACAGGCUUUACUGCUACUAUUACCAAGUACUGCAGAAAUAUGCUGAGCGCCAGUCCAGCAAACCCGAAGUACGUGAUGGAAUGGAACUUGUUCCUCAGCCAGAAGAUAGCACAGCCAUCUGCCAGUGCCGCAGGAAAAAGCUUUCAAGAGAAGAGCUUUGAGUCAGACCAGAUUCACACUCCUGUGUAUCCCGGCUACAUCUUUAAGGAAGGAUCGAAUCUAAGCUGUGAAGGACAGUACAGAAGACUCUACCAAGUGGACUAGUUCUCCUGGUGGCUUUAUAUAUGUAGAUGGAUAUAGCAGUACUGGUUGAGUAUCCCUUAUCUGAAAUGCUUACGACCAGGAGUGUUUCAGGUUUCAGAUUUUUUCAGAUUUGGGGAUAUUUGCCUAUACAUAAUGAGAUAUCUUGGGGAUGAGAUCCAAGUCUAAACACAAAAUUCAUUUAUAUUUCAUAUAUACCUUGUUCACAUACUCUGAAGGUAAUUUUAUAUAAUAUUUUUAAUAAUUUGUGCAUGAAACAAAGUUUGUAUACAUUGAACUGUCAGAAAGCAAAGGUGUCACUAUCUUAGUGACCCAUGUGGUGUUGUCAGCACUCAGAAAGUUUUGGAUUUUGGAGUAUUUCAGAUUUUAGAUUUUUGUAUGAGGGAUGUUCAACCUGUAUUUGAACAAGCAUUACCAAAUAUCAUUGGAUAUUAAUAUCUUUUGCGUAAAAACUGCUAUUAUCAGCAUCAUAGUUUCUCUAAAAAGAAAACUUGGGGAUCAUAGCCGAUAGAGAGGCUUGCUAAAAUAUAAAUCAGCCUCUGCAAAACUGUUUACAUAUUUAUUGGUUUACAUAUUUUAUUGGUUUGUUUCUAUCCCCUGUUCACUUUUUCUCUUCCACUUCCAAUUAUGAAGGGAAAAUAUUUGUUCAGGGUUCCCCCCCCGCCGUCACUGCGUAAUUUCUCCUCUUACAAGCUGCUUUUGGCUUUCAUUAAUAACAGCUUCCUUUUAGAAAGUCUGAUAAGGAUAUUUAAGGAAGAAGAGAAUGACUCUGUUAUUAAAGGUGGCAAGGAGACUGUGGAGGGAAUAUUUUUUAAAGCACUACUCAUAUCCUUUAAACUAAAUUUUGCCAAAGCCAGAGACAACAUUAAGGAGAAAUUGUGCCUGAAGGUAGUAAUUCCAAAUCUAUCUGAGUUGUAUACCACAAAGACAAUACAGUUAUUAACGUAGAUGAAGGUAUGCUAUAGGCAUCAUUCAUUAUCUCUAUAUUGAAUAGGUAAAAGAUAACUGUAGUCAGGUGAAGGGCGUUCAUUAUUUUUAAGCUGAAAAGGGGAUCCUUGAAAACACUGAAAACCUCUACAACAAUCUUCAGGAAGCCUGCUAUCUUGGGAUUCACUAAUAAUAGGCCAAGAACAAAGGCAAGCAUCCAUUCCUCACUCCACCACUUUUCUAUUUCAGUGGGUGUCAUUGCUAAGAUAAAGACUUUGGAAAUUUCCUCUGUCUUUUAGGACAGGGUCAGGAUUUAGGACUCAUAGCCUGAAAGCUCAUUACAUACUCCUUGUAACCCUCAGUCCAAGGUUCAGUUCACUAAAGUGCAUGUUCUAAAACAAGAGCUAUCCUCAUUCCCAAUUUUAAAAUAUGUACUCUGGCCGGUUGCAGUGGCUCACGCCUGUAAUCCCAGCACUUUGGCAGGCCGAGGUGGGCGGAUCUUUUGAGGUCAGGAGUUCAAGACCAGCCUGGCCAACAUGGUGAAACCCCGUCUCUACUAAAAAUACAAAAAUUAGCCGGGCAUGGUGGCAUUUGCCUGUAAUCCCAGCUACUCGGGAGGCUGAGGCAGGAGAAUCACUUGAACCUGGGAGGCAGAGGUUGCAGUGAGCCGAGAUUACACCACUGCACUCCAGCCUGGGCGACAGAGUGAGACUCCAUCUCAAAAACGGAAAAUAAAAAUAAAAAUAUGCACUCUCCUAAUUGAAAUAUUUACUUAAUCUGGAAAACAAUGUAACUAUUUUUAAAGUGGUUACAUCUAUUCUUGCUGAAGAACAAUAAACAGAAUUUUUUGACUAAGCAUAACCAAAUUUCAGAACAGUCUAAUCAAUGCCAAGUAUCCAAGGCAAACUCUAAUACCCAUCCAUUGUGCAAAACCACAAGCACACAAGUAUUAAGUAAGAGCAAGCUGUCCUGGGACCAUACCUAAUGAAUUUGUGUCUUAAAUAUUCUACAUAGUGUUUGAGGCUUGUCAAAACUGGGGUUAUGGCAAGAAAGGUUGCCUGCCUCAUACCUUUCUGCCUAAAUUCCAGGUGCUAAAGGCUAAUGGCAUUUUAAACAUCUUAAAUUUUUAAAAAUUUAUAUUGCCUCUGCCAAACAGGCCUAAUAGUUAAAAGCAAGUUGAGACAAACCAGGCAGCUUCAGUGAGUGGAACAGGAAGGAUGUGCUUUAAAAAAAGGUGGAAUCCCUCAAAAAAUUCUCUAGGGAGACAGCAGCCUUAAUCUACAUAAUUCUUCAUCUCGCCAAUUCAGCCGCAGCCUUUAAAGAGUUAGUGUUAAUGGCUUUCUGGUUUGAAAACAAAAAUGUAUCUAUGUGGUUGAAAGUUUGGGAGGAGAUUCACCAAUGUCUAAGGAGAAGAUGGAGUGAAGGGAAUUUUUACUUUUUGCUUUAUACCUUUCUAUAAUAUUUAAAUUUUUUUUACUAUAAGUAUGGAUUAAAUUGCAAAAUAAAGAAAAAUGCCAAUCUUAGAAAAGACAAUAAAUGCACAAAAGAUAUAAAUAGGAACAGGAAAUAUUUAUAUUUUUUCCGUUAUGCUCUUUUUAAAUCUAUGUUUAGAACUUUAUAUCUUGGGACAUAUGUAUAUAUAUACUUUUUAAAUAAAAUAAAUUUUCUAAAUAAAAAUUAGAAAAA